CUAAUUCUUCAAAUAUUAUAUUUAACUAUAGUUACCUCUUCUAUAUACUUCGGUUGCAACUUGUGCUUAUAUCUAUCUAUCCAUCUCAGUUUGUUCGUACUCGUCAACCUCCCCCCCUUAGACAUGGCAGGGAAGCAAAAGGGGCUACCGGGGUUUACACCUAUCUCCGAUCGGAUCUUCAUCCGUAAUGAAGAUUCCUCUGAAACCGCCGAGAAAACACCAAAUGAUCACCCUACAACGAUCAUUAUAUACGGAUGGGGUGACGGCCACCCAAAGAAUGUUGCCAAAUAUGUCGAUGGCUAUAAUAAGCUAUUCCCAAGAGCUCGCAUCUUGAUGGUGAUAUCAUCAACCUUUGCAGCUACUUAUCAAUCGCUCGACCAGAGGACUAGAGAUAUGAUGCCUAUUGUCGACACCGUAUUCCCUACUCCUGAUGAUGAUUCGUCAAGAAUCAUUUUACACAUAAUGUCUAACACUGGUGGUAUUUAUGCCGCCGCAACAUUGAACGCCUACCAAGAGCGUCACGGAAAGGACAAGGCUCUUCCGCACCAUCUAUGUAUAAACGAUUCCACACCCGGCAGUCUUGACUUCGCCAAAGAAGUAGGACGGUGGUCGAAGGCAAUGGCAGUAGGGACAGCUAAAUGGUUUCCAUGGCCGUUUGCAGUGACGCAGCGAAUAUGGUGGUCAUUCUUAUACACGAUGUACCUCAUUGAGAAGGCCAUUGGAAGGGAGCCGUCCGGGGUCUAUAGCUGCAGGGUGUUCUUGGACCACUCGAUAGCAACACCUAGAGCUCCCAGAGCGUAUUUAUACUCCAAGACGGACGACAUCAUCUGGUGGGAAGACGUCGAAGCGCAGGCGGAGGUAGCAAAGAAUAAGGGUUAUAAGACGACGUUGGAGAUGUUCGAUGACUCGCCACACGUCGGCCACAUGAGGGUGCAUCCUACUCGAUAUUGGUCUAUAAUAGAAAACCAUUGGAAGGCAACCGUGGCGUUAGAGGAAAACUUGAUCAUACCCAAUCGACUCUAAGUUAUAAGUCUUAGUAUAGAACGAUAAUAUCAUAAUUCCAGCUCCAAAAUUCCACUUCG